CUCUCCCUCCCUCUCCUCUUAGUGGCGGCGGUUCUCCAUGCGAGUGCACAGUCAACUUCAACUUGUCAACAGUUGCAGAGCAUAUCAGGUUUCUAAAGGGCUGUCAGAGUCGCACACCCCUUACUGAGUUAGUGGAGAUCAGAGCGGUGGGACUAUAGUGCACUGUCAAGCCACGGAUGAUGCAUCAAGACAGAGCUUGUGCCAUGAGGUGAUCACUCUAUAAACCCGCUUUUCUCCGUACAAGUCUUUCGCCUCCUGUCUCACCUGCCGAAAUGAGGUUAUCUGAGAGUAUGAGGGGCUGGAGGUGGUGGCAGGGCAGCGCUGGAGUGUUCAGGGCCGGAGUGGGAGUUUUGCUGCUGGGACUCAGCCUGGCCCAGUCCGUGCCUCCCCAGGGGGCCUGUCCGACAGCUGUGGCCCAGCAGAGCCUCACCCAGCCCAAAUAUGAGGACACGGAAGAGCAGGACGCUGGAGCUGGCUUCAUGGCAGCUCUGGUCCAGUCCUUCCUCCACACAGUCCAGCCCAACCCCUUUCCCGAAGAUCUGAUCCUGAAACUGUACCAUGACUCUCAAAAAGUACAGUUUAAUCAAGAACUCCUCAAAGAAAUUCUGGUGUAUCAAGUGGGUUUCCUGGUAUGUGUAGCCAUUGGCGUCCUGUACAUUGUUCUGAUGCCCAUAGUUGGUUUGUUCUUGGCGUGCUGUCGCUGCUGUGGCAACUGUGGUGGGAAGAUGUACCAGAAGCAGACGUCCUCCAUUAACUGUCGCAGAAGAACUCUCUACUGGAGUGCCUUCGUCACCACAAUCAUUAUCUUUGCUGGAAACAUCUGCAUGUUCAGAAGUAACGAGGCCCUCAAUGUGAGUGUGGACCAGAGUACAGUGGAGCUCAACAAAACUAUAGACAACGUCCGCACCUUCCUCACUUCUGUGCCUCAGCAAAUCGACUAUGUGGUGAAUGUGAGCUACAAGACCGUGCAGGAGGUUACAGAAAACCUAGAUGAUAUUGGGUUGCAGUUGGGUACAAAGAUCCAGGAACGCUUCACAGGAACUCUGGAUCCAGCGCUGCGUUCAGUUAGACUUCUGCACCAAGUCACUCAAGACACCAGCGUUCAACUGAAAACGCUGAACUCAUCGUUGGUCGAGCUGCAGUCCAGUGUGGAUGACCUCCAAGCAAAUACCACUGCUGUUAAAAAUAAAAUUAGCCAGACCUUAUCCAACUCAGACUGCAUUGGCUGUGACACACUGAAGCCAGAGCUAGAGAAACUUACACUGGACAUCUCCAUCACUGUUCCCAGUCUGAGUGAGUUCCAGUCUGCAGUGGAUGAAGUCAUCAAGACUAAUCUUGAAUCCAAAAUCAAGGAGGUGGAGUACUACUUCAACAGCAUCCCCCAGAAGGUGACCGAUGAAACCAAGGAGGUAGUUCAAAGCAGCAAGCAGCAGCUGAGUGAGAUAGAAACACAGAUCUCCAAGGUGACCAACGACAUCCCUUUAACUGCUCUGACCGACGUCAAUCGCACUCUGAAUCAAGUGCAGGGAGACAUCAGCCGGGUCACCCCAGUGAUUGACAAAGCCGAGCAUAUCAGGUGGGGAGUGUGUGUAGCCCUGUGCUGCUUGGUCCUCCUGGUGGUGGCGUGUAACCUCCUGGGUCUGUUCCUCGGCCCUGUGGGUCUGACACCCAAAUCUGACCCCAGAGAGCGCUCCUGCACGGCAAACUGCGCAGGCACCUUCCUCAUGAUGGGUGCAGGUUUCAGCUUCCUCUUCUCCUGGCUGUUCAUGAUAGCGGUGCUGCUGCUGUUCCUGCUGGGCGGGAACGUUUACACUCUGCUCUGUAAGCCCUGGAGUGAUGGAAAGCUGCUACAGUUCAUUGACACUCAAGAAUUAAUUCCACGCCUGGAUAUAGGUCAAAAAUUAGGACUGGAAAGCAACAUCACUAUCUCUGAUAUUUAUAGUGACUGUGAGAAAAACCAGCCUCUGUGGUCAACACUCCACUUGUACGAGCUUGUCAACCUCGGAGACCUACUCAAUGUAUCUAAAUACACUGAGGAGAUCCAGCAGCACUUUGAGAAUACAGACAUCACUCUGUCCACCUUCACCUUUUUGACCACUGAUGUUAAAAACCAACUCAGCAGCUUUUCUGCGAAGGCUAAAAAUGUUGACUUCACUUCCGUCACACAGCAGAUGAACAACAUCUCCAGUAUCAAUCUGAAUACAACAGCAGAUAAACUCGACAGGCUCGCUGCCACUCAGACAAACAAUGCUAUUCGAGGAGAGCUCCAAAAUGAGGCCAUGAACCUGAGGCGUAUCCAGAUCAACAUAGAAACAAACAUCUUCCCGCAAGUAGAGAAGCUGAACUCAACCACCGAGAGCCUUCGAUCCAUUGCAGAAAAUAUCAAUGGAACAGUGGGGGAGGUGCUGAGCAACGUGGGAGCAGCACAAGACUUCCUCGACACAAAUACGACACAGAUCGUCAAGACCGAGAGCAGGGAGUUUUUGGACUGUCAGCUGAGUUACUUCAUCGCUUACGCUGACUGGGCCAACCUCACGAUCACACAGCAGGUGGGGCGCUGUGGGCCAGUGGCGGAAGCUGUGGACUCGGGGGAGAUCAUCCUCUGCUCGCACAUUGUAGAGUCUCUGAAUGCCUUCUGGUUCAGUCUGGGCUGGUGCAUGAUCUUCUUCAUCCCUAGCAUCAUCUUUUCUAUCAAGCUAGCCAAAUACUACAGGAAAAUGAAGUACUCUGAUGUCUAUGACAAUCACAUAAUCAUGAACCACAUCCCACGGGCCCAGAUGAGAAUCACCUGAGAGGGCAGCAUACUGUGUGUGCAAGACUGAGGCAUCGCUUUACAAGAUGAAACACAUGGUGCUCCUGUAUAGAUGUGGCACAUUGUCACUCACUGACAAAAAGGCUCUGAGAAAGAGUCUUUUUUAAGGUGGAGGAGGAAAGACAGUUAUUAAGCGAUUCAGUACACUACACACAACACACGCACAUCUCAGGGGGACACAGGGCAUAAGGGAAUCUGCAGGGAUUUUUGCUUUCAUCAUUUCAGAAAAAAAAACAUUUCAAAGAGAUUUAUUUCAUUUAUUGUGUUAUAUAAAUGUUUUGUAUGUAUUUAAUGUAUGAACUGAGCUGGAUUCUGACACAAACAGUCCAUUCAAUAAUCUAUUAGUAGUUAUGAUUUGGCAAUCCACUUUCAAUGAAAAACACUAAAUUCUUAAUUAUACUUGCACUUUAUUGGAAAUCAAAGCACAGUUUCCUGUGUAAAUACUAUGAUUCAACUUUUUGCUGUGACAAAAAUGUGACUGAUGUAACUGAUGUUUGCAAAACUGUACAGUGAAACUCUCUUCUUUUUGUUACCGUUUUGUCUGCAAAUAUGUUGUCAUGAAUGAUUUUGACUGAUUCGAUAAUGAAGAUUUUUUGUACUACUUUGUACUCAAUUGUAGAUUGUGUUUUGCUUUUUGUUACACAGCACUUUAUUAUAUGGUCCAAUGUGAUUACAUGUUGUGAACAUUUCUGCUCGCUCUUGUCAACACUGCUGUAAGUAAAAUGUGUCACUGCUCA